UCAUGUGUUAUAUGUAAAGUGACUUGAGGCUGAGUAUUCUUUUAGUCUUGGCCAAACACACUGUUAAAAUCCAUGGUGAAAUUUUGGCAAAGGUUUAAUAUUGAUUGUUAAAAGUGCAUAGAAAAAUUGCAUCUUCAAUAUCCAAUUAUUUUUUAAUGAUUUACCCUCAAAAAAGUAGAUAUUCAGAAAUAAUUAUUAAUAACAUACUGUAUACAGUUUUCAAUGCAUUUAACACAGUAAGAUUCUUAUAAUUUCAGGGGUCGAACUGGAAAAAUUAGAGUGCAGAGUCUGAAGAUUGGAUUGAUGUCUCUCUCCAAAGGUCUCCUGGAAGAAAAAUACAGAUUUCUCUUUAAGGAAGUGGCAGGGCCCACAGAAAUGUGUGACCAGAGGCAGCUGGGCCUGUUGCUUCAUGAUGCCAUCCAGAUCCCCCGGCAGCUGGGAGAAGUGGCGGCUUUCGGAGGCAGUAAUAUCGAGCCUAGUGUUCGCAGCUGCUUCCAACAGAAUAACAACAAGCCUGAGAUAAGUGUGAAAGAGUUUAUAGACUGGAUGCGUUUGGAACCACAGUCCAUGGUUUGGCUGCCGGUCUUACAUCGAGUGGCAGCAGCUGAGACUGCAAAACAUCAGGCCAAAUGCAACAUCUGUAAAGAAUGUCCUAUUGUUGGAUUCAGGUAUAGAAGUCUGAAGCACUUUAAUUAUGAUGUCUGCCAGAGUUGCUUUUUUUCUGGUCGAACAGCAAAAGGUCACAAAUUGCAUUAUCCAAUGGUGGAAUAUUGUAUCCCUACAACAUCAGGGGAAGAUGUACGAGACUUCACAAAGGUGCUGAAGAACAAAUUCAGGUCAAAGAAAUACUUUGCCAAACAUCCUCGGCUUGGCUAUCUGCCUGUCCAGACAGUUCUUGAAGGUGACAACUUAGAGACUCCUAUCACACUCAUCAGUAUGUGGCCAGAGCACUAUGACCCCUCCCAGUCUCCUCAGCUGUUUCACGAUGACACCCAUUCAAGGAUAGAACAAUAUGCCACACGACUGGCCCAGAUGGAAAGGACUAAUGGGUCUUUUCUCACUGACAGCAGCUCCACCACAGGAAGUGUGGAAGACGAGCACGCCCUCAUCCAGCAGUACUGCCAGACGCUCGGAGGGGAGUCCCCAGUGAGCCAGCCGCAGAGCCCAUCUCAGAUCCUGAAGUCGGUGGAGAGGGAAGAGCGUGGAGAACUGGAGCGGAUCAUUGCUGACCUGGAGGAAGAACAAAGAAAUCUGCAGGUGGAAUAUGAGCAGCUGAAGGAGCAGCACCUGAGAAGGGGGCUCCCUGUGGGUUCCCCUCCAGACUCGAUUGCAUCUCCUCACCACACGUCCGAGGACUCAGAACUGAUAGCAGAAGCAAAACUCCUCCGGCAGCACAAAGGCCGGCUGGAGGCGAGGAUGCAGAUUUUAGAAGAUCACAACAAACAGCUGGAGUCUCAGCUCCACCGCCUUCGACAGCUGCUGGAGCAGCCUGAAUCCGAUUCCCGAAUCAAUGGCGUCUCCCCCUGGGCCCUGCCGCAGCAUUCUGCUCUGACCUACCCACUGGAUCCGGAUCCCAGCCUGCAGUUCCACCAGGCAGCGGGAGAGGACCUGCUGGCCCCGCCACACGACACCAGCACGGACCUCACGGAGGUCAUGGAGCAGAUCAACAGCACGUUUCCAUCCUGCUGCCCAAAUGUCCCCAGCAGGCCACAGGCAAUGUGAAGUAUUCAUCCAGCCAACCAACAUUUCCUGACAUGCAGUAUUGCCCUUUUCAGCAAAUGCCAAUUCCAAGUUCAUUUAAUCAGAAGCUCCGUGGCGACCUGACCCAUGCUUUGAGCACUGACUGUGUGUUCUACUGAAGGAGCACUGACUAUCCAAAGAGAAAAGGAUAUUUUGUUUUUAUAAUAACCAUAUAUUAUUGUUUUCUUCUUCCCUUUCUAUGCAACUGUAAAUUAAUGAACAGAGAGGUAUUUGGAAAUGGAAAUACAUUUGUCACUGAUUUGUAUAAUGUACACAGCACUGGGAAAGUGGGUGGGGCUUUCUAAUAUGAUACCGUCUUUUUAAUAACCGUGACAAAAAAUUGCAUAAGAAUUAGAAGACCACUUUUCAUUUUUACAUUCCUUCCGCUGUUCAUAUUAACUUUGUACAAUAACUUCAUUUAUUUCUUUGAUUCUUUUACCAUAUUGUUUUGGUUAUUUAUAAUUCACAAAUCACAUGACCAAAUAGAUUUAAUGUAUUUGUUUCCAUGGUUUGGCCAAAUAACAAAUUCAUAUAUUUCAAUCAAAUACAAACACACAUACACACACACACACACACACACACACACACACAUAGAGACUAGGCUACAGCCCUGUGUAUAUUGUUUAACUUUAUUUGACAUCAUAUACUUACUUCUUUGGUGACCACUUGGAUAACCACAAUAAAAAUCCUGUGGGCCUAAAAGGCAUUUCUAUUGGGAUUUUUUUUUCCUGCAUUUUAUUCACUUCUUUAUAUAAGUAGGUCUUAAUUUCUUUAUUUAUUUUAUGUCCCAGUCUAUAUGAUAGAGGAGACUGCAUUAUAAUAAUUUCAAAGAUCAUUUUACCAAAGGUUGCCCAUUUAAGCAUAUUUUCAUUUUGACAUAGAAACAAAACUGGUACAACCUUUCCUUGUUCCCACGUCUUGAUUUUCAUCAUUAAAUGCACAGCAGACCUUUACCUAUUUUAAUACCAGAACACAUUAUUGUCUUUAGUUCCCUUUGAAGAGAGUUUUAUUGUUGUUUUGUAUUUUCAAGUGCUUUAUAAUUCUCGAAACUCCUAGUUGUUUUCUUUCUGAAAGCAGACACAAAUUUAGUGCUUUUCUCAUUUACCCUUUUCACUGAAUGAAUAGAUGUUUUAUUACCCUUCAUUUGAUCAGUAUACUUGGGAAAGGAUGUUUAUGGAAAGCCUAUGUCACUGCCUCUACAGAAGAAUGAAGUUAACGCUUAGAUCGUGGUACCUCUGCCUAUACCUUUGAGCACAUUCAGUUAGGCAUUUGGUUCAACUUCUGACUUAACAUUUAAUUGAUUACGUUUAAACAUGUUACUUAAUUAUCAAACGUAGAGAAACCAAAAAAAAAAAAAAAGUGAAAAUAAUAUGUUUUUAGUCAAGCAUAUGUACUUUUAAAACAUCAAGACAUUUUAACUUUGGGUUCUCUUUAACUGGGAUCUUGCCAGAAGGAGGCUUAAAGUUUGAAAUUGCUAUUCUUUUAGAAUAGUUUGGGUGGGUUGGGGGGCAAGGGUGUCUAUUUGCAGCAUAGAUAUUUUGAGAAGAAGAAAAUUGUUUUAUAUAAGAGGAAAGCCAUGACCACCUUUCUACCUCAGAUCCAUCUUCAUCCCUUGUGUUGGAAAUAGCUUUAUGCCGCUGCAAUCUGCAAAGUCUAGAGCUUUUUAUCGGGCCAUGUCAUGCCCAAGAAAGCACCUAUUUAAAGAAAAAAAAAUUCCCUGAACUACAAGUUGUAGAUUUGGUGUAUUCCUUGUUCUUACUUUGAAAAGUCACGUGUUAAUUUUUUUCCUGCCUGUAUUUGUAUGCAAAAUGUCCUCUAUCUGCUAUUAAGAAAAAGCUCCAUAAAACACUACAUUGUAUUCUUCUAAGUAUUAAUAAAUAAAAAGAAAUAUAUUGCAGUAACAGUGGGAAGUAAAUAUGUAAUUCUUUUGAAAUAUGUGGUAAAGAACUAACCACAGAGUAUCAUCUAAUCUGGUUACAUAUUGUAUUUUUCAUCCUGAAUAAAUAUAAUUUUAACACAA